CAGUAUAUUGUUCUUUCAGGGGAAGAUAUUGUUGCAUGGAUUGUGAAUCGAUUCAGAAUAGAUGCUACAGAAGCCCGAGUUAUGGGGACAUGAUGGUGGCUUUCAGGUACAUCUAUCCACUACAAGAUCAUAAGAGACUCAUUCUUAAACCAGACACAUCCCUGUAUCGCUUUCAGACCCCAUGUUUUUGGCCUGCGCAGCAGUGGCCAGUGGAAGCCACAGACUAUGCUAUUUAUUUGGCAAAGAGAAAUAUAUGCAAGAAAGGGAUAUUGGAGCUCUAUGAACAGGAACAGUACAACAAUCUUUACAAAUGGAUGAAUCACAAGUGGGAUUUUAUUGUAAUGCAGGCUAAAGAGCAGUUCAAGGCAGGUAAGGAGAGGAAAAAGCCAGACCGGGUGGUUUUUGACUGUCAGGAGCGGGCCUACUGGGUUGUACAUCGGCCACCGGAUGGUCGAUGCCAAUAUGGAGGAGGUAAAGGCUAUCUCUGCCGCUUCACAGCACCUUUUCCUCAUCUGGCCGUGUAUACAGGCGUUUGUGAAGGGCAGUCCACUUCCUCCCCCGGGCUCAUGACACUGCCCAACAGUGCUGCCUGUUCGUCUCCCAUCAGUGUCGCCAAUGACAGCACUCCAGCCUCUGAGAGGAGGUUUGAUGGCAAUGGAUGGCCUUCCUCCUCCCAUUUCCCAUCUAUUGCAGAGGAGUCAGUAUCAGAGGAAGAGAACCAGCCACCUGCCCUAAAGUCACUGAGCAGACUCCUCCGCAGAGGAUGCAAUGCCCCGUCUGUCUUUGCCAGCCUAUCCCCGAAAUGUGCUGUGGCUUUAGGAGGAGGUAAAGUACAGCCGCCUGGAGUCGAGUCGCUUGCACAACCUCAGCCCAGAAGAAUUGCAAAUUUUUUUCAAAUCAAAGUUGACAUCCCACCUGAAUGCCGCAUCUACCCCGUUGAUUCAGAAGAUGAGGAAGAUGACAGUCCUAAUGCAGCAAGAGGAGGUGUGAAAGAAAUAAUUUGUCCAUGGGAAUCUGUCACCAAGAAAGAUGGAGCUGGAUAGAAGAGUCAUAGACGAGUCCGUAGAGAGGAGGGAAAUACACUGAACAACACUUGUGUCAUAAAUAUUUUGUCUUACAACCCCGAGAAUGCUGUGGUACUAAUGUAAGAGGUUUUAGGGAGUGCUUACAUGUUAUUGUAACCAAUGAUUUGGUUAUAAAAUGUUUAAAUGUUGGUUUUAUAUACAUAAAUUUGGAUUCUGAGGUCACUGUUAUUUUAUGAUUGAAGGGGCCUUAUUUUAAGUGAUUUUUCAUCCGUUUAUUUAGUGGUACGGACAAAAGAUUUUCUACUUGGCUUGUUCACUGUUUUAUAUAGCUGCAAAACAUUCAUAAAUGUGAAUUGCUUUAAUCAAUUUAAUUUUGUAGCAGUAAUUCUAGUGAGGCAGUAAAGCAGAAUGUGGAUACACAUUUGCUGUCUGAAUAACCUUUAAAAUGUUUACAGUUCACUUCAGAAUAUGAAUUUGUUCAUGACUCAUGUUUAAACUGUGUAAGUGCCUCAAUAAAUCAUUCAAAGGUU